AGCACUAUUACGAUAGUCCUGUUACCCACCACCACCACCACCCCGCCCCCCAAACAAAGUUCAAACGACUGAAUUGCCGAAUCUUCGUUACCUACAAUUGCAUCACGUCCUCCAGCUUUUUUCACGGCUUUCAAGAUGACUGGGAAGAAAACUUUAGAGGAGCUUCAGAGUGAAAUUAAGAAAAUUACCAUUAAUGAAGUAGAGAAACUGAACAAAGCAGAGAAAGGGAAAACUGCAUUUCAGGAAUUCAUGACCAGUUUACAGUCCAGCACAGUUGCUAUAAAGAGGAAAGAAGAUGACCUAAAGGAGAAUAUAAGAGAGCUUCUAAGUGUAGCAGAGACAGAGAAGAGCCAUUUACAGGAGCUGAACUCACAGUCUUUGGAGCCACAGAGGAAGAAUUUGAAAACUGACAUUGCCAAAGCUGAGAAACAAAAGGAUGAUAUUGACAAAGAGCUUGCAGAGGUGACUAGCACCAUCACCCACAAGAAGGAAGUGUUGAAGGAUAUGCAAAACCGAGCCAACUUUUCUAACCAGGAAACUUCUGCCUCCAUAUCUAGAAUAAGAACUGAAUACAGCCUGUACUCAAAGCUCUUCAGUAUCAAGUGGGAUCGCACUGUGCCUGACACUCAUAUCAAAGGCUUUGUUCUCAAACCAACAGAGAAAAGAGUUGUCCCCUUCAAAUUUGACAAGACAUCCCAUUCACAGUUCUUUAUCACAAACUACCUUUGGGAACAGAUCAGCGAGGGUUGUUGCCUGGAUGAGCCCCAGUCAGGCAACAAAAGCUAAUUUGUGUCUUAUUUAAUGUCAAACCAUCUUGUGGAAGAGCAUAAGAAAAAACUUUAUUUUUUAGAUGUAUGCGUGUUUGUGUGGACAUAACACUUUCUUCAGUUCCUCUCUCUCUCUCCUUUUCUGUGAUCUGCACCUCUUCAAUCACUAUAAUUUUAUACCAGUUAUGAUUAAUAAAACUUACUGCAAAA